AUCAACCCAGACGCAAACACAUCAGAACCAACUGCCUCUAUACUAGACUUCUGGUAGACCACCUCAACUCAACUUCAAUACUCUCUUCGCUUUUCCAGGCCCAUCAUGACCAAGUACACCGUCAGCAACGUGUGGUACUGCGUAAGUUCAAACAAAAUUGUCUUCCAUCACUCGAUUUUGUGCAUUGCUAAUCGACUCCCUCAGCACAACUGCUCCUCAGGACCUCAUAGCUGCAAGAUCAACACACACUGCGCAUCCUGCUACCACCCGCGGUGCAGUUACUGCACGGUCACGCAGACCAAGGUCCCCGUUGGCCGAUAAACAACGAACACUUGAUGGCAUUC